UUCCGUAAUCGACUAUCCGAGGAAAGUGGUCAUGCGAUGUGUGGAAAUAGGAAUACAGACAGACACACAUGUGUAAUAACAUGUUUAGGACGCAGGUACAAUAACAGAGUUCUUAAAAGUUCACUUAGAAAAUUGAGGAAAGUACGUACAUACAUACAUAUAAUGACGUCCAUAUCUCUUGCGGGGUAGUCAGAGCCAACAGUCUUGAAAAGACUGAUAAGCCACGUUUAAUCUAUUUGAUGACUAUUUAUUUGAAACGAACCUAAAACUCUUUUAAAAAGACUACUAAGCAAUCAUCUGAUCACAAUAGUAGCUUCCAGGUGAUAUCACCUAGGUGAAGAAAGGGGAAUAAACUAUAUUUUUGAGAUACCUAGAUGCACUUAUGGUAACUAAUUGCUAGCUAAGAAGCUGAUUCUGUAAUAAAAAAUACCAAUAAAACUUAAUGAUAUUGGACUAGCCCCAAAGUAAGUUAAGGGAUUCUUACUCAAUAAAACUAAACAUCCAAUACCCAGAUAAUAAAUCAAAAAGUUCACUUUCUUCGCCCAAACCGCGCAUCAAACUUAAGACCUAAUGCUUCACAGGAACACUACCAUCACUGCAUAAAACCUCACUACACUAAACGAACGUCACACUAGCAAGUAACUACAAGUAAAUAUAAUUAUAGUUACCAAAAGUGAAUCUAUCUCCUAUGCUAUCAGACGUGUUAGUGAAGUGUGCCAACUAAAUACUAAAAAUGUGUAGUAUAAUAAAAACUCUAUUGAUGUACUUGAAGUUUAUAUUUGACUAUUUGAUAGAAGUGCUAUUUUCAUUUUACUACGACCCGAAAAAACAACCCAUACCUCCACUGAAGAAGGAACAUGCUGUGUUGAAGGAGAGUGCAUGUUCUUUAGCAAAGAAGAUAAGGCAGAAGGAACUGAAGUCAGAAGACUUGGUACGAGCUGUGAUUGAGAGGAUUAAAGAGGUAAACCAAGUUUUAAACGCCGUGGUAGAAGAUAGAUUCGAAGCUGCCUUAGCUGAAGCAAAGGACGCAGAUAGUCAAGUUGCAGCCGGGUUGACAGAAGAGGAAUGGCAGAAAAAACCGUUUUUAGGAGUCCCGUUCACGUCGAAGGAGAGCCAAUCAGUGAAAGGCAUGCGGUACACUCUCGGGCUCUGGGCUAGGAGGAACGAAGUGGCUGCUGAGGACAGUGUGUGCGUUCAGAAAUUGAGGCUUGCUGGAGCCAUUCCCGUAGCUUGCACUAACUGCCCGGAGUUGUUGAUUUGGCAAGAAACAAACAAUCCGGUGUACGGAAGGACCAACAACCCCCACCACACCGGCCGUACCCCAGGCGGGUCCAGUGGGGCGGAAGCUGCUUUGAUGGCUACGUACGCGAGCGUCAUCAGCCUUUCGUCUGACGUCGGGGGCUCCACUCGUAUGCCGGCCAUGUACUGCGGUCAAUUCGGACACCAUACAACUCCUGGCAAUACCAAUUGCAAAGGAGUAUACUUAAAACAAGAAGACGAUGAAGACAUCAUGUUUUCGCUGGGUUUCAUAACGAAGCAUGCGGAGGAUCUGGCCCCACUAACCAAGGUCAUAACAGGGGAGAAGGCACCACGGCUUGGGCUGGAUAAACAGUGGGACAUAAAGGAUAUAAAUUUUUACUACAUAAAAUCGACGAAGGACCUUAAAGUUACUAUCCUAAGACCGGCUAUGAAAGAAGCGAUGAAACGGGUGAUUACGAAGUUAAACAAGGAUGUGCCAAGCCCGAACGCUCCGAAGCAGUAUUACCACGAAGCGGUGAAUCACAUGUAUGAUCUAUGGCGGUACUGGCUGGGUCAAGAACAGAAGGAUUAUGAGCUGAUGUACACCAACUUCACUGGGAAACCACAUUGGUUUAUCGAGCUUGUGAAAAAGAUAUGCUUUAUGAGUGAGCACCACUUCAGCACACUGUUGAUACUUGGUGAAAAACAAUUAUUAGGACCACGAAUGGACGGCAAAUGGGCUCAGAAUCUCACUAAGGACAUCAAAGAGGAUUUAUUUAAAAAGUUAGGAGACAACGGUGUUCUGUUAUUGCCCAGUGGCCCUAACUCCGCGCCUUACCACAACAGCUGCUACUUCUUCCCCACAAACACUUCGUUCUUCAUGCUGCCCAAUUUUUUGAAGUGUCCAGCUACUCAAGUACCUCUAGGGGUGGAUAGCUCAGGAAUGCCAAUAGGUAUUCAAGUUGUAGCGGCUCCAAACAAUGACGGUUUAUGCCUUGCUGUGGCUAAGUAUUUGGAGAAGGAGUUUGGAGGAGCCGUGAUGGCUUGCAGAGCAGAAUGAGUUUCUUAUAGAUUAAAAAUAAAUUAUAUUUCUGUGUUAGCUUUUCUUUAUUAUCUGGAAGGAAGUUCUGAAAUGAAUCAGUCAUUAUUUUAUUUUCUUGCCAAUUUUUUUUAUCGUUUUUUCAUUGCGUAUAGAAAAUUUUAUAGCCGCUUUGUAACGUACUCGUAAGUAAUCAAUUUGUUAAAAAAAUGCUGCUGCACACAACAUUAUGUAAAAUAUAUUUUUUAAUAGGUAGGUACUUUAGUACUUACAUGACUGUGUAGAUAAUUAAGUUUUUUUUAAACUUAAACU